CUGGAGACCACUGCCGCGGGGACUCGCUCAAAUAACAACGACAAAGACCGCACAAAGAUCACCGUUGGUUUCCUCUUGGGUCUCACAAACCCCAACUCCGAAAACAUCCUCGAGUUUCUCGCGAGCGACGCGGCUGCGAGGACAGAAGGGGAUGGCGUCGAUUCGGGUACCAAGUCCGUCCCGUCCACGCCGUUUCCUCCCGGUGUACCCAUCGACCAGGACUUUGCUGGCUUUCUACCCUUUCCUUUUACGUCCAACUUCACGAUCGAUUCCUUCGACUACGUUUACUCGCUAGCUGACAUAUACUCGAUGAACUCGGGCCCUGUACUAAACACAUCAAUACCUCAUGUAGACCCAACGACCUUGCCAACAUCCACAACAACGCUGCCCACGACCACUACGAGCCCUGGAAACCCACCAACAUCCCCCUUUGACCCAGUGUCGUUCGAAGGGCGGGCUAGUGCCAUCAUCGCCGAACUCCAAGAGCUUCACAACGCGCUCAAGGUAUGCGACCCCUGGUACGACGGGUCUUUCGACCUAGCCACCGCCACGGCGGUCUUCUCGCCUCAAAACCUGUGCAUGUUCGCAGCAACGUACUUCCGUGUAAGCCAUAUCGACUUUUCCAUCGUACACCGGCCAGACUUCGGCACAGAUCGCACGACCAAGACGCUGCUGCUCUCCGUAGCUAUCGCGGGCGCCUUGAGAUCACCGCCGAGCGACGACGCACUCGCUGCUCGGGGGUAUCUGAGUCUCAUCGAGGAGUACAUCUUCCGUAGGCUCCACUUGCAGCUACCACACGGUUCAACGCCCGAGUUCACACACGAGCUCGAGGAGAGCCUGCAAGCAGCGGUCAUGAUCCACAGCAUGCAGUUCUUCAGGAACGACAUGGCGACGAGGCGGAAGAACCGCAUGAAGCGAUUCCCCGUGUUAGUCACCGCUGUUAGGUGUCUUGGAUUGGCUCAGACGAGGCACGCGCCGGUCUUUCAGUUCGAGGACUUCGUGAGGAACGAGUCUCGUAUACGUCUGGCAACAUGGAUGGCUCUCUCCGAUUGGCAGCAGACCGGCAUGUUCAACGUGCCAGCCAUGAUCACCCCCGCAGAGAUGACCUGCGACCUCCCCUGCCCACUGGAGCUGUGGGACGCCAAAGACUCUCAGGAGUAUUUCGAACUGGCUCAAAAUCACGGACUUAAUCCGGCAAGAAGGAUAGUAUCAAUCAAGCAGUGCAUGGACGCCCUGAUGGGUGACAGUUGGAAUGGCAUGGGAAGCUUCCCUUUCCAGGACGUCAACCCGACAGAUUUGCAGAUUCUGAUAUUCGCUAUCAACGCAAUGGUGCUGACUUCCAACCUGAUGGGUGUCCUUGGUCCAAGUUCCCAGAAUCUCAUGCGGGCGAUUUCUCGAUGGGAGUUUAUGUGGGAGACGACGCGUGGCCGGAUGGACCCUGGCGUAUUCGAGAGGAGCGGCAUGGUCAGGUACAAUACCGAGCUGUGCUGGGCGGCCAAGAAGCUGAUCAAAGUGGCCACUGCUGGCGACAAGAGCUCUGCGUAUAUGCAAAAGGUCGGCCAUGAGUCUCUUGUAGAAUUGCAUGAAUUUGUACGUCAGUAUCGGGACAUUUGA